GCAGCCAUGUCCUUCUCUCAGUUCGGAUAUCCCUACAAUGCAACUUCUCAGUUUUUCAUGUCACCAAAGCCCAGCACGACUUGCUGCGAUACGAUAUCCAGGUCGGUAUCGGACGGUUCCAGCGCGCCCCAGGUCUCCGCCGCCGCCGCAUCUUUCUGCUGCGCGCCCGCCUGUGAGAAGCGCCUGGUGUCGGGAGCGCGCACGGAGCUGAGCGCCGCGCUCGGGAUGUACAGCGCUCCGUACGCACCGCCACACGCCUACGCCAACUACUUCCAGUACGGAGCGGAUUCGUCCAGCAUCUACUCCACACUGGCACCUCAGUAUGAGAUUAAAGAGGGCACUGCGAACCUCCACAGUGGAAUCAGCCAACCCAGUGCCUACUACACAUAUGACCACUCACUGGGCCAGUAUCAAUAUGACAGGUACGGGACGGUAGACUUUAACGCCUCAGCCAGGAGAAAGAACGCCACACGUGAGACCACGAGCACCCUUAAAACCUGGCUUUAUGAGCACCGCAAGAACCCGUACCCCACCAAGGGUGAGAAGAUCAUGCUGGCCAUCAUCACCAAGAUGACCCUCACUCAGGUGUCCACCUGGUUCGCCAACGCUCGGAGGAGGCUGAAGAAGGAAAACAAGAUGACCUGGUCGCCCAAGAAUAAAGCAGGAGAUGAGAGGAAGGACAGGGUGGAGGAGGAAGCUGUGGGCAAAGAAUCUAAAGACGACCUAAAGGACGAGCGAGAUCUCCACCUCAGCGACCUGGAUGAUCUAGAAGAUGAAGAUGAGGACCUCGACAAGCUGGACAGUGACUGUGAGAAAUCAAACCAAGACGCUGCACCUCUUUCCAAACCUUCUCUUCCCGCCUUUAGCCCUCCACGGAGAGACUGCCCCGAGCUUCCUCCCCCGUCCACCUUUUCUGCUUUUCCUUGCAAAAUGAAGAGCGUCAUGGCUCUCGUCCCCGACUACCUGGACCCACUGUGCUCCAUACAGCAGUCGCAGCAGCUCCCCUCGUUACCCGCCUCCAUCGGGUCCGUCUCCAUGUCGGAUCAGAAGCCGAGGAUCUGGUCCCUGGCCCGGACCGCUGCUCCCGAGAUCGGCCAGCGUGGACAGGAAAUACAGGCCGGAAUUAAAACGGAAGCUGCCAGGGUGCCGAGGGUGGGAAGCGGUGAACACUGCGGGAAUGCCAAGGGUCUUCAGGACCCAUCGAUUUUAGGAGAGACUGAAAGUUUGUUUGAAAAGGCAGCACAAGGGGCGAACAAGGUGUACAGUACAGCGAGCUACAGGGGCCUACAGCGCCACUGUUCCUCAUACCAGGCUUCCACCAACUCGUGCCAGUUCUCCACCAUGGAAGGAUCGUGCAGCGGGGGAAAAUCCGUGCCCGAGUCCUCCGAGCUCAGUGGCGCGUGUUUAAUGCUGCAGGAAGCCAAAACAACUGCUUUCAGACCUGUAAUGAAGAGGUGAGACAGGCUGAAUGAAGUCUUCCCCCUGAGCAUAAACACUUUUCUUUAAUCUCAUGAAUUUAAUCUGGAUCUGAAAUGAAGAUUAAAGCGCGUGAGUUCCGCAGUUCUGCGCGUGCGCUCAGUGGAACCUGCGGAGGUUUAGCAGCACUUUACACAAUAUUGAUGAUUCCUGACGGUGAUGAGGAAUUUAUGCAAUGUUUUUAAUGCUGAUGGAAAGACGUGAUGUCUCAUGUUCGUAACAAUCGUAGUUUAAUCGUUUUUUAGCUGUUUAUCUAUUAUUUAUCAUUUAAUAUCGUUUCGUAUUCAUUUCGCACCAUUGUUUUUGUGUUGUCUAAAUCUUUGUCGUGUUUGUUUUUA